UUUCCUCGCAUCUCUCCACCCUCCUAUUGUUCCAGUCAGUUUUACCAUUCAUCAUCGUCUUCCUCUUCGUUUUGAUCAAUCAUCAUCUCGCAUUUCUCUCUCUGUAACGAAACGAUGGCGUCGCCCAAGAAGGAGAGAGAGACCCAGGUUUACUUGGCCAAGCUCGCUGAGCAGGCCGAGCGAUACGAAGAAAUGGUUGAGUGUAUGAAGAAAGUUGCGAAACUUGACCUUGAGCUGACUGUAGAGGAGAGGAAUCUUCUUUCUGUGGGAUACAAAAAUGUCAUAGGUGCUCGAAGGGCCUCUUGGCGCAUCAUGUCUUCCAUUGAGCAAAAGGAAGAGUCUAAGGGAAAUGAGCACAAUGUCAAACUGAUCAAGGGUUACCGGGUGAAGGUGGAGGAGGAACUCUCCAAGAUUUGCGAUGACAUUCUGUCAAUCAUAGACAAGCACCUGAUCCCCUCUUCCUCCUCUGGAGAGGCCACUGUUUUCUACUACAAGAUGAAAGGUGACUAUUAUCGGUACCUUGCUGAGUUCAAGACCGAUCAGGACAGAAAAGAGGCAGCUGAGCAGUCACUCAAGGGAUACGAGGCUGCAUCAGCCACUGCAAACAAAGAUCUCCCUUCAACCCACCCAAUCCGUCUUGGUCUAGCCCUCAACUUCUCUGUCUUCUACUAUGAGAUUAUGAAUUCUCCCGAGAGGGCUUGCCAUUUGGCUAAACAGGCAUUUGAUGAGGCAAUUGCAGAGUUGGACACCUUGAGUGAGGAGUCAUACAAGGACAGCACCCUUAUCAUGCAAUUGUUGAGAGACAACCUCACUCUCUGGACCUCUGAUUUGCCUGAAGACGGAGGUGAUGACAACUUCAAAGGUGAAGAAUCCAAGCCUGCCGCCGAACCCGCAACUGCUAAGUAAAUCUUGCAGCAUUCACGGGCUUACCUGAAAUAGCCCAGAAAACGGCAAGCAAGACCUCUGCAAAAGGCGAUCUUUUAGCUUUUCUCACUCAGUUUUCGCGAGGGGAUUUGACUGAAGGACGUAGACAUAUUUUUUUUUUCGAUAUUAAUCCUUCUAGGUUCCAAAGAAAAUUAGGAUUUGAUCAAUUAUCUGUUCUUAUUUUUGUUUCUGGAUUGAUUGUUUUGUCUACGUGUUAAACUUCGUACGUUAAGAAAUGGAUUAUUUUCUCUUCUUUUUUACUUUUGUAGUCCCCUUGCUUGUCUUGCAAGUUUGAUAUAAACUAGACUUUUCCCAAUAUAAUAUGUAUUUUGUUAA